AAAAAAAAAGGAAGUUAAAAGGCGAUUGAGGGAUUAUUGUUGUCCUUCGCUCUAAUGUUUUAAUUAUUUUCAAAUUUCCCGCCAGACACCAAUUCUCCCUCCAACUUCUACAAAAUGAACACUAUCAAAUCAAGAAUACCAAAAACCUUCAAUCUUUUCCAGAAAUUUGUUUGAGAAUCUAUCAAGGAGAAACAUCAACCAUGUCAACUGAGCACCAGGAUGACCUCGAUCUCCUUCUCUCUCUUCAAGAUCGUGUUAUUGAAACUCCCCCCUCUUCUCCGUCUCCUUCUCAUCCCAGAUCCUCCGCAGGCCAUCAAUCAGACGAUGAUGAAGUGCGACGGCCAAGUGGAAAUGUUGACUUGUCCGCCUUCAAGGAUGCUGUUGAGGAUUGUAUGGAUUAUGAUGUUGAAGCAGCUAAGAAAGCUCUUAAAUCGAAUCGUUCAAAGAAUCCAACUGAUCCCGAUAUUGAAAAGUUUUCCGGUCUACGAAUCCGGAAUCAAGUAAUUUCGUCACAAGAGCUGAGUAACCAGUUUUCGGAUAUUCGCUUUGUUAGACUGUCUACCAUAAAGAAUGUGAUAAGAGGGGACACUCUAUCAGGUAGUUGGGCAACUGUUGGUGUUCUAACCGAAAAGGGAAGUCCAAAGACAAGCUCUACUGGGAAGAGUUAUUGCAUAUGGAAGAUUGGGUGUUUGGAUGGGCAACUCGUAACUGUUUUCUUGUUUGGUGAUGCUUACAAGCAGCACAGCAAAGAGACAGCUUCAACAGUUUUUGCCUUCUUCAAUGCGAGUGUUCGCAAAGAUUCUUCUGGUCCGGGUUUCCAAUUGAGCGUUUUUAAUACAAAUCAAAUCUUGAAGAUUGGUACUUCUGUCGAUUAUGGAGUUUGCAAAGGAAGGAGGAAAGAUGGUCUACCUUGUACAAUGGUAGUAAAUAAACGCCUUGGAAUAUACUGCAGCUUCCAUAGAGUGAAAACUUCAGAAAAAUAUACUGUUCAACGUGGUGAGCUCAAAGGAGGGAAUCUAAGAACAGCUUUCAGGAAUUCACGUCAACCAGAAGGAGUUUAUAUGAUUGAUCCUAUGGCAGACCAAACGAAUAGAGGAAAGUUUAAAAAGACUUCAAAGGUGUUAUCUGUUGAAGGAUUAAAGAAAGCCCUGAGCAAUGCAGGUCAUGUGACAACAAACUCACACUCCCAAGGGAUACGUUUUCUCAAUGAAAUCACAGUCAGUAUGAGCGCAAAAACAGCAAAAAAUGAAUAUGCUCAGAAAAACCAAGCGAAGAGUGGCUCAACAAAAAGAUCGCUAUCCACAGCAAAUUCAGGCUCAUCUGUCACACAAAAAAGUUGGCUACCAGAUUCAAAGAGAGUGAGACCGGAGCCAAGGCAAGUUUCAGCUCAGAAUGUCAAGGAAACUACAAGUAAGAUGAUUGAGUUAGAUUAUGUCAGCUCAGAAGACGAUUGUUUUACAUUGUAAGUAGUAGAGAAGACUAGCACUAUGUACACAAGUUAUGGUUGACCUAAGUUUUACUCAACGAAGAGAAAUCAUAAUUCUUUCUUGGCA